CCUCGUCUCGGUCUUCGCUUGAAGAAUUAGUUGCAAAGCGGCUUUCUUGGGGGACGUAUCGAAGAACGUGUACGAGGGUCGGAGACUGCCACGCGUAAAGAAAAAUUGGUGCUAAGACCUGCGUUACAGCUGCUGCUGCCAAAGAAACGAGUCUCCCAGCCGUCCGUCCAUCCAUCCAUCCAUCCAUCCAUCCGUCUAUCCGCACUGCAAACUGCAGCCGAAAGCAGAAAUACAAGGCACAAAUCACGCAUAAAAAAAAGUUCCUACUCAAGUGCCGGCCACUUAACACCCUCCGAGAUGCUCAACCGACAGCCCGACUACAACAUCUCCGAUCUGGGCUAUCCCUGGCCAUGCGAUACCCACAUGAAGAUGCGAAGAAAGCUCCCAAAGGCCUGUGGCAUGCCUCCAGCAUCGCCCAACCGCCUGCUGCCCAUGCGGGAGACGCUCAACGACUACUUCCAGCGGCUGAUUAGGCAGGAGGAGGACCAGGAUGACCUACAGGCCCGACAGAAGCACCACAAGAAUCAGUGGAACGAACAGCAACGGAGGCGCAAUCAAAAAUGUCGAGAUAAAGGGGAGACGGCCACAGCCACAGGCACAGCCACAGCCACCACAGCGACGACGACGACGAUUGCGACUUGCGAUUUGAACAAUUUCUGAUGAAGAUACGGAUGGUACAUGAGGGGGUAAUACGAGUACAGUAGGGGGAGCAACUAAUUUAAAGCCGACUGAUUAAAAGUGCUACAAUAAACACACCUUUUUGCCUAGAACUUUAAGUACAUUAAGCGUUAAGUAAAGAAGAAUAGAACCCGAUAAACACUUAA